AUGGCCGGCCUAGCCCUCCCAUCCGCAAACGGCUCAGCAUCCAAUGCUACCGAGUACGCAAAUGGCAACGGCGCUGUAGAUGCGGGAAGGGGAAAGGUUGGGAAGGGAAGCAGUGAGACGCCUGGUCCCUCGGCGGGGGAGGAAGCAAAGGGAGGGAAAGCUGGUGGAGCGGCUACUUCAGAGGCUGAGCAGGCCCUCCGAGCGCAGGACUUGCCGCUGCCUGUGCUGCAGAACAUCGUUGCUACCGUCAAUUUGGACGUUCGACUCGACCUCAAGACGAUUGCGCUGCACGCUCGUAAUGCCGAGUACAAUCCGAAGCGCUUCGCCGCCGUGAUUAUGCGUAUCCGUGAGCCCAAGACUACGGCCCUCAUCUUUGCCUCAGGCAAGAUGGUCGUCACGGGCGCCAAGAGCGAGGAUGACUCUCGUCUUGCCAGCCGCAAGUACGCUCGCAUCAUCCAGAAACUAGGCUUCGAAGCCAAGUUCACCGAGUUCAAGAUUCAGAACAUCGUAGGCUCCUGCGAUGUCCGUUUCCCCAUUCGUCUCGAAGGACUGGCGUAUGGGCACGGUAUCUACUCGUCGUACGAGCCGGAACUCUUCCCGGGCUUGAUCUACAGGAUGGUCAAGCCCAAGGUGGUGCUGCUGAUCUUUGUGUCGGGCAAGAUUGUACUCACGGGCGCCAAGGUGAGAGAGGAGAUUUAUACGGCGUACAAGAAUAUCUGGCCGGUGCUGCUCGACUACCGCAAGCCUUGA